CGCAAUUUUACAUUCAUUUUCCACAAAAAAAAAAAAAAAAACAAAGCGAAUUGAUUUACCAGAAGCAAAUUCGUAGAAGCUCACUUUGGUUGAUGAACGCUUUCCUCUCUCCGUAUUUUGUCUUCCGACGGAAAGAUCCGUUGCCGGCAAAGUAUUCCUCUGUAAAGUUGUCUCUUUGAUGCUUCCGUCAUCGACGAUAACACUCGAUUGAUUCUGGGUUUCGCCUUUAACCCUCGAAAUUUGAUCAAUUUGGCGGCGAAUGAUCGAUCUCAGAUCCAUUCCGAAAAAGUGAGGGACUUUCGAGAGUUUGCCCGGAAAAUUCGAUCGAUUUUACGGGGAACAUGAUCUCCUUGUCCUGUUCGGCUUUGCCUCCGAUUAUAUACCGCUGCGGUUCUCGGGACCAGUCCGGCGAUGAGUUCGCCGUCUCCGCCACGAGGGCUAUUAGCUUGUUCUGUGGUAAGAGAAGAGACGUUGUGUGUUCUUGUAUAGCCACUCCUUGGAACUUGGACAACAAUGGAUUCCGAGCCACCAAAUUCAAUAAUCUCUCCAAGUCAGGAGGUACCUAUGAAGAACGAGAUCCGGAAAAUGAUUCUGAUGUUCUUAUAGAGUGUCGAGAUGUCUACAAAUCAUUCGGGGAUAAACAUAUACUGAGAGGAGUGAGCUUUAAGAUUAGACAUGGUGAAGCUGUUGGAGUGAUCGGUCCUUCUGGGACUGGGAAAUCAACGGUUUUAAAGAUUAUGGCUGGACUUCUUGCUCCAGACAAGGGAGAGGUUUAUAUAAGAGGAAGGAAGAGAGUAGGCUUGAUCAGCGAUGAGGAAAUAUCAGGUCUUCGUAUUGGUCUGGUAUUUCAAAGUGCAGCUCUAUUUGAUUCUUUAACUGUUCGGGAAAAUGUUGGUUUCCUCCUAUACGAAAAUUCAAAAAUGCCCGAGGAUCAAAUCUCUGAGCUUGUGACAGAAACCUUGGCUGCUGUUGGCUUGAAGGGAGUUGAGGAUCGAUUACCCUCUGAGCUUUCUGGCGGAAUGAAGAAACGGGUUGCUUUAGCUCGUUCCAUAAUUUUUGAUACAACUAAAGAAGACAUAGAGCCAGAGGUGCUCUUGUAUGAUGAGCCAACUGCAGGGCUUGAUCCAAUUGCAUCAACUGUGGUUGAAGAUCUUAUCCGCUCUGUCCACAUGAAAGGCGAGGAUGCGCUUGGAAAACCCGGGAAGAUAGCUUCUUACGUGGUUGUUACCCAUCAACACAGCACCAUUCGACGAGCUGUAGACAGGUUAUUGUUUCUGUACGAGGGAAAGGUUGUUUGGCAAGGAAUGACCCAUGAAUUUAUGACAUCGACAAAUCCAAUUGUUCAACAGUUCGCCUCGGGGAGCCUAGACGGGCCGAUCAGAUACUAGGAUAUAUACAUCGGUGCAAUUUCUCGAAAAAACGAGUGGAAAGCCAACUAUUUACAAAACUGCCACUUUAAAAGGAUUUCGAAGAAGCUGUUUCACCAUUUGUGUAGGAACUCAGCAGAUGGGAGCGUUCAUGUUUGUGGAGCUGUAGGAUUCUAAGGCUUUCUUUCUAUUACACAACAGAAACCAAUGAAUGGUUAAGAGGAUAGAAGAAGGGCACAAAACUGUAACUUGUAAGGAAUGUCAUCAGCUGAGAACCUCUCUCUGUUCUAGAGGGUUUUUGAUGUUAUUCCAUUCUCUUUUUAGGCAAACCAUCUGUAGACAUAGACAGUUAUGAUGAUAAUCUAAUUGGAGGCUUACAUAUACA